CCCUGUACUUCCGCCUCCACACGCAAAAAGGGUGUUGGGUGCACAAUCGGAGAGAGAAACAGAAUCCAAAGAACUCUCUCUCUGUCUCUUUCUCUAGCAGGGAAAAAAUGGCGUCAGAUCGGAAACUUCAUGCAUUUGAGGAGGUCGCUAAGCACAACAAGACCAAAGAUUGCUGGCUCAUCAUCAGCGGAAAGGUGUAUGAUGUAACUCCGUUCAUGGAUGAUCAUCCAGGUGGUGAUGAAGUUUUGCUUUCAGCAACUGGGAAAGAUGCGACAAAUGACUUUGAAGAUGUUGGCCACAGUGAUUCUGCUAGAGAGAUGAUGGAUAAGUAUUACAUUGGGGAAAUCGACAUGUCAACAGUUCCCCUAAAACGUGCUUAUAUUCCAUCGGAACAAACUGCAUACAAUCCAGACAAGACUCCAGAAUUCAUUAUCAAAAUCCUACAGUUCCUUUUACCCAUCUUGAUCUUGGGCUUGGCCUUAACAGUACGACACUACACCAAGGAGCAGUAAUUCUUCUGAAUUCCAGUCUGUCAGGCCCUCUUUUCUUGAUUUAUGUAGUUGAAAGAACACUUGGUUAAUCUUGUUUUAGUUCAUUAUCGAGCUGCAACAACUGAAUGUGGUCGUCAAUUUUGUACUGUGCUUCAUAAUUGCUAUGUUCGAUGCCUCUUGGCAGCACUAGACUUGACUUGGUUCGUGUUUAUUAGAUAUUUGAGAAUAUUUAUCCUUCAUGUUU